AUGGCUGAUACCGAUUCAUUUCUCCAUCUCUCGCGGCCUCUGGGCCCUGCUCCUGUUGGCGCUCAACCCUCCACUGGCCCUCUCAACGUCGUGAUACUACCACAAGCGAUAUUUUCCAUUCUUGAUCAUUCCCUUCGUCGCAAUGCCGAUCAGGAACGCGUCAUUGGUACUCUCCUGGGGACCCGAUCCGAGGAUGGUUCUGAAGUCGAAAUUCGGUCUUGUUUCGCAGUCGGACACACGGAGACAACCGACCAGGUCGAGGUUGAUAUGGAGUACCAGAAGCAGAUGCUUGCUCUACACUUGAAAGCCAACCCCAAGGAAGUCCUUGUGGGUUGGUAUGCUACAUCCUCAGAACUCAAUACCUUCUCUGCGCUCAUUCAGAAUUUUUACGGUAGCCAAGGAAAUGGAACGUGGCCUCACCCAGCCGUACACUUGACAGUAUCUACGGUUCCCGGGAAGGAGAUUGAGACUAGGACAUACAUCUCAGCCCCGGUGGGCGUCACAGAGGAAAGAGCCGCUGAUAGCGCUGCAUUCAUACCCGUGCCUUAUGAAAUCAGAUACGGCGACGCAGAGAGGAAUGGUUUGGAGGCCAUUGCCGCUGCCAGAGACAGCGAAAAUCACACCGCCAACCUGUUCACUGAUAUCGAGGCGCUCGAAAAGGCCAUUGAAGAUGUUCUGGGCAUGAUCGAUCGAGUAUCGAAAUAUGUUGAAAAUGUAAUGGAUGAGGAAGCUCCCGCUUCAACUGCCCUGGGUCAAUUCCUUCUCAACGCCCUCGCCUUGGCUCCAAAGGUUGACGCCGCUGAUAUCGAAAAUGACUUUAACAACCACAUCCAGGAUGUACUUGUGGUUUCCUACCUCGCAAACACCAUCCGCACACAAAUGGAGCUUUCCAACCGAUUAGCAACUGCCCAACUAACUCUUGGUGGUGAGGGCGCCGCAAGUGCCCACGCUGGUGGUGCAGGUGGAGAGUCGGGAGGCCAGCGAGGCGGACGUGGCGGCGGCCGUGGACGAGGCGGUCAGCAGCGAAUUCAAGACCGUGGUGGGGUCGAGGCAUGA